AUGCCAGUUACUCGAGGGACACGCACCUCCUCCUGUACCACACCUCUCUGCUGUAGAACUCGUGGAAAGAGAGCCAGGGAAAUCAUACCUGAGACCAAGGAGCACACUAUUUGGUCUUUAAAUGAUGAGUCAUGGCUCAUCCAGCACAUCUCCACACACCGCACCAAAGGUGGAGAAGGCCUCAACUUCGACAAGACAUUCUGGGCUGCCACUUCUGCUGCGAUGGCUGCCGAUCAGUCAAUGCAAGGCUGUGUCAAGACCUCAGAGGCAUGCCAAUCAAAAUGGUCUCAAAUUCACAGGACUUUCAAUGUUGUCGACAGGCUAGCAAAUUAUUCCAGGAUCGAUUUCAGUCUGGAGCAUAGUGCUAACAUCACGGAGGCAUCUGAGUCUGUCUGGACAGACCUAGUGAAGAGUAUCCCUCAAGCAAAGCAGUACAAGAACAAAGGCUGGCCACAUUAUGAUACCUUAAAGGACAUUUUGCCAUCAAAGGAAAGAGGGGAUAUUGUGCACCAUGCUACCAUGUGGCCUGCAGCGGCAAACUCGGAGAGAGCACUCAACACUACCGAGCAUGCCAACCCAAACAUCCCACUGGUGCCAGACACACCAAUCUCUCCAAUCAUAUUUGAUCCUGCACGCCAACCACCCUUGUUCGCUGGUACAAAUAUUCUGGAGUCCUCCACCACUAGCAUGUCCUCUACGCCCACCACCUCAAGGGCACUGGGCAAACAUAGAGCUGCUAACGGUGAUGAUAGCCCAAGGAUCAUCGGCCGCCCUCCUGACUGCAUGAAAACUGGUCGCCACAGUGGCAUCUCUUUUCCAGAGGUGUUUGACCACAUGAGCACUAAAAUUCACGGUCUUAGGUCAGCCUUCAACAGUGCGACAAGUGCAAUGCAAGAAUGCACCCCGCACAUGCAAGAACACAUGACGCAUGUUGUUGCUCACUCAGUGGAUCCUAUCCCGCAGGAGGAGGGUCUGACUGAUUCGGAGAUGGUAGUGGCUAUGACACACAUUCAAAGUGAUGUUGUGAUCGCUGAUACGUACCUUUCCAUUCAGAAGGAUGAGCUCUGGAAGUUGUUCUUAUCACAGUACUUCAAUUAG